AUUACUGGGUAAUAUGUGUGCCUUCUAGUUGAGUUCUGUUGAUCAGAUGAAGACUUUAGGUGAGAACCCUUAAUAACCUGAGACGGCUGCAGCAUCUGUGCAUAAAACUCGUGAACGAGGUAGAUUGGGCAGUUAAUACACAUAUUAUCGGGCUCAGUGACAGACAAGCAGUGUUCGAAGUACAACUAACAGCGUUCAACCUGAAACCAGAGAGACAAGAAGCUAAAGUUUUACGUUAGUUGUUGCGUUGUGGGGCAAACGUAACAGCAGCCCCCAUUUCACUCUACGACACAGUUUAUCUCAAGCCUAAUGAUGUUGUGUGCUCCGUCGUUGAGUUCGCCGCUAACUGGCGCCGAACAGCUGAGGUUCCGAGGAAAAAAGAAGGGGCAUAGCUUAUUAGGCAGCGCGAUCGUCGUUCAGUUCAGCAAGUUCUUCCCGGGUAAAUGGGCCUACGCGACAGCUGUGACUGUCGACGAGGAAAUGACUAUCACAUAUGGAGACCUAAUUCACUCAACAGUGGCUUUACUCCACGAUAGCCUUCUUCCGCACCUGCGUCCACAGCAGAUCUUCCACCAACUUUGCCAGGAACGGGCGCGAACUCUCAUUGUUCUUCGAGAUAUCGAAGAGGCUCAACGAGACCUUAUCAACAGCAAAUCGUCGCAACGCUUAGAGCCGCUCAACAACAAUCCCGAAACGUCACAUUUGCAUUCGCAAAUGAUGGGAUCACUUCGAGUUGGUAGCAUUGGCAAACCUUGGCAAAAGGUCGUGCCAUCGCUAUCAGCUGGAAGCGACGGUAACGGUCUCAGUAGGGUAGCGAGCGUGUCUUCCCCGGAGGAAGAAGCUGGCACCGAAAGCGACCAUGGAAUCAGCGUUGGUGGCAGCUCAUCGACGGCCCCUUUGGACACGACACAAAGCCCAAUUGAUAAUCGCCAGUGGGUUUCGUGGACUACCAUGAAUCGGCGAAACAAAGAAGAAAUCCUGAACGAGUGCGGAAGCAUCUGCUCCGACCAUCCCUAUUCGGAUAUCUGCGGCGACGAUUCUUCCGAUGAUGAUGAGAGUAUUCCUGAAGUGGACGAUGAGGGUAGCGAGUCCAAUGGAGGACCUCAGUUUGCUCGAACUUUGGAGUCUUAUGUGAAGGCUGUCCAGCAGCGCAAGCGAGAGCGAAUCGUGGGCGUCGAGUCGCGUCUUGUGGCGUGCGCCACUUUCUCCAAAGACUACAGACCUUCGGGUGCCAAAGUCGUAGUCCUAUCGCACAUAGCUGUUAAGAGGAAGUUCCGUCGCUACGGGAUCGGCAGCUUUAUGCUUAAGCGUAUCAAAAGCCCAUCCCUGGUGGGUCCUUAUGAUGCAGUCACCCUGCACGUACGUUCGAGCGAUGUUCCAGCAGUACAAUACCUUGACGUAAACAAUGCCAAUGUGAACGGUGAUACGAUUAACAGUCAUCCAGCCACGAGAACUCAUUUACAGCAUACCUGUCUGGCUGCCAGUAAACAGGUGGCGUUCUUCGUGAAGAACGCGUUCAGCUGCGAUAUCAUCUUGAAUUCACGAUUUCAUGACGAGGAGGUUAACGUGAAAACGGGUGAUAUUUUGCUGUGCUAUUUACCACCGUUCGACAAUGGUCAUUCUCCGUAUCAACACCAUACGGUAAGAAACAUCAAUACGGCAGGGUUGCAACAGUCUGCAGUGAUCUCCGUUGGAUCGUCCACAGGUCACCUAAAUGCACAGGUACAACAGCAGAACUCGAUCAAGGCCAUGCACGAGGAAGCUCAGCGAUGGAGAGAAAAAAGUCUAGAGGCUUAUCAGCUGCAAAUGUCAUAUAUGGCCAGACUUCAGCAAGAGGUCAUACGGCUGCAUGAAAUGUUAGGAAAGCAGGAGACUACGAUCGAGCAGCUUCGACGCGAGAACAGCCGUUUGGCCGGUCGCCUCAUCAAAGCUGAGAGGAAAACUACCAAAGCUCUUAUUGAAAGCCUCGACAAAGAGGCAGCCGACUUCGAAAGGAUGUGCAGCGUACGAAAGAUCUCGACUGGAACCGCGGGAAGUGCCCCGUAUGCCAUCAUCCCGUCGGAUACGACUGAAGGCCCGAACCACCAACAAGCCCAGGUGCAACUUCAUCAGCCGCAGCAGGCCCAACAAGCGUUAAAUCACGCGUCCCACGUAACAACUGCACCGGUGCUGCCACAGUAAUCACCCUUAUCCGCGGCGGCUAGUUUGCUAGAAAAAAAAAAGUCGUAACAACUAGAAAUUGCUUUUGGCAACAUUGGCGUUGCGACGAGUAUAGUCGCAUCUGGCAGAUGUAAAACUCUGUGUUCCUGCCAGACUCAGGUGAAGAGCGGAAAUGGCUCAUGUACAUCGAAAAAAAAAUGUUAAAGAUGGGCGAAACGAAAAAUAAACCCGGUAGAGUAGAAAACAAGUUGGACACAGAUGAAGAAAAUUUUUAAUAGAAGGAUAUGUAAGGUUCAUGCUAGCUGGCAUUAGUGUUAAGGCGUAUAAUCAAGAUAUCAAGUCGAUAUUAUAGGAAAUAGUAACGAACUAACUAUAACCUAGAUGGAGGAACUUUCAGAUGUAAUGUAACGGUGCCUCUAGACAAAGACUGUGUUAUCCUCGACAUACUAUAAAACGCAGAGUAAUUGAUUACGCAUUUAGAAAGCAGCGAAAACACAUGUCUGGCGUAGGUGACCUUUCGUCUCGAGGCGGAAGUUCGUUGUUAACACUGUCGUUGUUGUUCGGGAUCGAGAUACGCAAUCCCGACGUAGCAAGAAUGACGCCGCUUUCUUAUUUGGAGUCGUGUAAAACAAGCUACUAAUGAGCAGUACUUUUUGCUCUAAACCUCAUCAUAGACACUGGUACAACCGAUGCUAACGAGUAGCCUCAGCGGCAACAAAAAACAAUAACACCAUUUUGUUGCGAUAUCUCUCUGUUUAUUGGAACAGAACGCCUCAAAUACACGACGCUGAUGACUCCCAUUUGAAAGAAGCCGCUUGCGAUAGAGCAGUGCGUCAUCGACGCUUAUCGUUGUUGCCGACACAGGGUAUGGAACUCGAUUAAUAACACUACGACUAUUACAGCAAUCGCAUAAUUGAAAAUACAUAGUCAAAGCGAGAUAAGUAAAGUACUAGCGAGAGAAAAAUGUACGCUAUAGACAUAUCAAGCCGGCUAGAUCCCUAGGUGUCUUUACAGUCUAAGCGAUCUAAUUCAGAUACGUACCUUAAAUGAGAAUGCCCAAACAGCAGAAUCUGAAAUCUAACAACUAUGUAUACAUAUAGAUGUAUAUGUAUGCAUACGUAUCUACUUGGACGACAGAACAACAAUGCAUACGUAUCUACAGGUAUACGUACAAGUAAAUGUGAGAACCCGGUUAGUCUUGUUGUAAACUUUCAUAUUUUCAACGUUCAACCUAACGACCUAGAUAUUGUCCAAGUUGUAAGUACUAAAAAUAAGGUGAUGCAAUGUACAACGUCAGUGAUGGCCUUCUCCACGUUUGGCCUCAUUGAACAGAGAAGCAAAAAUAGUCAUCGUUGACAUGCGAACGAGAAAAGAAUAGUAAUUCUGUGGAAAUAAUAAAGAUCCCUGUAGCAAGAUAGAUUGAUGUCGCCAUUUCUGAAGCUCUCGAUUAAGCUUCGUAAAACAGAACAAACAGAAUGAAAUAGAAUUGGAUGCACCGUGACCCGAAAGAAGAAAUGACAUAAUGAACCUAAAAUGGUAAGGUGAGAUUUUUUUAGCUUUGUAUGUAUGUGUGACGUGGGCAUAGGAUUGCUUUAGAGUAUUUCUGGUCUUUAAACUCUUUUUUCUUGCAUGCCAUUAAGUAUCUUAUACGCAGUGGCUUCCUAGGUGAGUCUAUAUGUCUACAAAGUACCGUCAUGAAUUAUCUAUAAGGUCAUAAAUUAUCAAUGUGUGGUAGAGCCUCACAUCUGUAUCGCUCAA